GGUGCGCGCGGUGGGAGAGCCGGUGACGAAGGCGGAAGUGCUGCCAGCUGAGGCGCUGAGGGAGCAAACGAGCCUCGCUUUCCCUCCGCCGCAAUGGAGGUAAACCGGGGAGAGGGACUCGAGGGGUGGGGGGAAACGGCGGACGUGGGCCCUGGGCUUCCCCCUGCUCAGCCCUCAGUCAUAGAGGGGCCUCCGCCUCCGCCACUUGCGGGUUCUCCCCGUUUCCCAAGUGGAGGGUUAGCGAGGGGAUGAGGCUAACCCGGGGUUUGUGGUGAGGGCUUCCUGGUUUGGCUUCGUCUCCUGUUUUUUCCAGGGGCAUGGAAUCUCAUAGAACCGUAGAAUUGGAAGGGACACCCGAGGGUCAUCUAGUCCAACCCGCCUCAACUAGAUCUCAGCUAGAUCAUGCAUGAUAGGUGGGCAUCUUCCCCAAACCAUCCCUGUUCAGACGGGUCUCUCCCCCCCCCCAAACACAGGAGUUGCAUUAAUACAGUGGUACCUCUAGAUACAAACGGGAUCCGUUCCAGAGCCCCAUUCGCAUCUAGAAGCAAACAUAACUAGCGAAGGCACGUCUGCGCACACGCACGUUGCUUUACACCACUUCUGCGCAUGUGCGUGACAUCAUUUUGAGUGUCUGCUCUUGCGCGAACGGCGAAACCCGGAAGUAACGUGCUCCGUUACUUCCAGGUUGCCACGGAGCGCAACUCGAACACGUGCAACUCGCAGCGUAUUCAACCCGAGGUAUGACUGUAAUAAUAAUUUAUUUAUACCUCGCCCAUCUGGUUGGGUUUCCCCAGCCGCUCUGGGCGACUCCCAACAGAAUAUUAAAAACACGAUCAAACAUUAAAAACUUCCCUAAACAGGGUUGCCUUCAGAUGUCUUCAAAAAGUCAGGUACAGUGGACACUCGGGUUGCCAACGUGAUCCGUGCGGGAAGCACGUUCGCAACCCGCAGCACCGCGUCUGUGCAUGCACCGGUCGUGAUUUGGCGCUUACGCGCAAAGCGCAAUUUAGUGCUUCUGCGCAUGUGCAAGUGCCGAAACCCAGAAGUAACCCGUUCCAGUACUUCUGAGUUCGGCGUGCUGCGCAACCCGAAGCAUCUGUAACCCGAGGUAUGACUGUAGUUGUUUAUUUCCUUGACAUCUAAUGGGAAGGCGUUCCACAGGGCGGGCGCCACUACCAAGAAGGCCCUGUGCCUGGUUCCCUGUAACCUCACUUCUCGCAGUGAGGGAACUGCCAGAAGGUCCUCAGAGCUGGACCUCCAAAAGUUAAUAAUAUUGGUCGGAUGCUAGGACUGGAAUCCUGGGAAUUCCAGUAAUAAGUUCUAUUGAACUGCAUGAGACUUACCUCUAAGCACACCUGAGUAGAGUUGCACCUCUUAAUCAGGUUUGACUCCCUCCCCCAAAUGUGGUAUAUGUAAGGCUAUGAACUUCGUAUUGGCCUCUGCUGCUUCGCUUUUAAAGCAGCAGCCUGAUAUACGCGGAAGUCAAAUCCGUCAAACUGUUACCUGUAUGGUACAGCGUCUCAGAGAGUGCAAGUAGAGGAACUUGGUUUAGUGUGUGGUGGGUUUUAAAAAUUAUUUUGAACCUUAGGUGAUUUUAGGUAAGUGUAAAGGCUCUCUUAGCAACAAACAAACACACUCCUAUAGAUCCACAGUAUGGAGAAAAGAUUACUGAGGAGAUGUGUAUGAAGCACAGUGAACACCAUAAAGCACUGUAUGGAUGCUGAGUGUAAUUCCCAUCACUUUAUGUCUGUGCUAGGAACAUUUAUUUGGUAAGUCUCAGUGUGCCAGACUGCUGUUAAAAGACACAGAAUGAGGGCUGAAAAGAGAUGGCAGCCCUAAACCAGUGUUGGAAAGUGAGAUAUGAAGCUUAAACCUAGGUUAUGGGCACAGCAAUGGAAUGUCUAGGCGUGCUUUUUUAUAACAAGAAUACAAAGCUGAAAAUGAAUGAACUGCAGCUGAAAAAUUAUGUUCAUUUUCCACAUAGUCUCGUCCUUCCCCUGCCCACCCCCCUAAUAUUCUUAAGAGGGUCUCUUCUCCAGUCUUCAGAGAAUAGCUGGAAGUGGGGAGGCAGAAAAAGUUCCUUUCCUUCCACUCCGCAGUUUUAGUCUGAACUCUUAGGCUCAGAAACUGCUUGCACCAAUUAAAUUCCCUGUUGCAAAAUGCACCUAGAACAAUGGGAGUUUCGAACAUUGUCCUAAACAUCUGCUGGCACUAUGAAUUCAGCUUUCGAACACUGGAAUGAAGCAGGGUGGAUAAACCACAUCUUCCUUUAGCAAAGGUAGCUUUGUAAUUGUAGUGACUAGGCCUUGGAAACAUUUUUAUUCUUCGCGUUGUCGUGAAGUAUUAGAAAUAUGAAUGCCAUGUUUAUAUACUGAAUGGUUGUUAGUGGUUAGCAUAAACAUACAACUAUCUGUUCAUUCCUGAGAUUACAGUGGUACCUCGCAAGACGAAUGCCUCGCAAGACAAAAAACUCGCUAGACGAAAGGGUUUUUUGUUUUUUGAGCUGCUUCGCAAGACGAUUUUCGCUAUGGGCUUGCUUUGCAAGACGGAAACGUCUUGCAAGUUUGUUUCCUUUUUCUUAACACCGUUAAUACAGUUGCGACUUGACUUCGAGGAGCAACUCAUAGAACACGGUGUGGUAGCCUUUUUUGAGGUUUUUAAAGACUUUGGUGAUUUUUGAAGCUUUUCCAAAACUUUCCCGACACCGUGCUUCGCAAGACGAAAAAAAUCGCAAGACAACAAAACUCGCGGAACGAAUUAAUUUCGUCUUGCGAGGCACCACUGUACAAAUAAAAAGUAUCCCUUUGUGCAUGCAAAAAUGGAUGUUUGUAUGUUUUGGAAACAACAAUGGUGCUGAUUACAAGGUAACAAGAUUGGGUGGCGAUGAAAGUGGAUUAAAACUAGUAGAAGGUUGAGAAGGUGAUCAAAGAAGAAUGAAGUGGUAACAUCAGGAAUGUAAUGGACAUAUGCUUGCAACAGGAGUGGGAAACUUAAUUAUUUUUUGAAAAAAAUGUAUUAAAUUUAAACAACUUGGAUGAAUUUGUUAAAAUUUGAAAACUAAUAAAAAUUAAUAUUAAAAAAAGAAAUAAAAAGUAUCCCUUUAGAUUAAGUUGUAAACUAUUCUACACAUUUUUUCUAAUAAUUCCAAGCUGUUUAACGUGAACAUGAAGUCCUGUGUUAUUAGUCAUCUGGCAAUUUAGGGUGGUGUUCCAUUAACAUACUUUUGACACCCACCCAACUCGCCUCCUUUUUGCUUGAUCCAGGUUAGGCAGAAUACCAUACUCCCUGUCAUCUAGCCUGUCAUCAAGAGACGCCUGUCAUCUAGCCAAUAGCUUAUCAGGUCCCAGAAAACUACUAAACACUUAGAAAGGAGUAAGCUCCACUGAAGACUUAAUACUUAACGAAUUAAGGUAUUGAAUUGCUCUUUAGGCAAUUCUGUGUGUGCUAACCUGGGAUUGUGCAGUAGUGGCCUUUUUAUUUGCCUAUUAUGUUGUGCUAUUUUUUUUUAUUAAUAGCCAUUGUAUCUGCUUUAAUAGUGUUAUUGAUUUAAAUGGUCUCUUUAUUGCUGUAAGUUUCUUUGAAUACACUUUGGGGUGGAAUAGUAGUGUAGGGAUGGAGAAACAAAUAACAAAAUGGUCUGCAUGCAUCAGGCUUUUAUCUGUAAUUUUGUUUGUUUCAGCUGCAAGAUAGCGGUCAAGAAAUGGCAGCUUCGCCUGCCACAUCCACAACAGGCAAGUCAAAGGUAAGGUUUCCUUAUAAAUAUAAUUUGUUCCAGUAGUAAUAGAUCAACAAAAGGAGGUCUGUCUGUAGGUGGCAUUAAAAAACGUUGAAUUUUCAAAUGUAAGAACUGGCUCUGCUUUAUUUGCAGGAAGUGAAGUCAUUGCAGCCAUUAAAAAGUAAUCUUUGUAUGCAGCAAAGGUUUAUUUAGCAAGUACAGCUGGCAGCUAUUGCAGGAAACAAAUGUACCUACCAGCCCUCUGAAAAAUGCUUCAAAUAUUUGGUUUUCAUUUCCUCCUUAUUGCUUAUUUAUGUAACAAACCUUUUUAAAGGUUUGUGCUUUCUAUAGUGUUCAGCAAUUUAGUCUAUAGUUCCUCCUGAGCUUCAUCUGUUUGGCAAGCCUAAUAUUUUGGUGUGUCUGAAGAUGGUCAGCCAUUUUUUUAUUUGGCAUGCCUCCAAUAUGUUUAUAUGUAGACUCCUUUUGAAAUUACUUCAGAUAAACUGAAAAUGUGUUUGGAAAUCAUUGUUCUGCAGUAAUUCAGGUUGCGUCUUCCUAACCUUGAGCCUAUGAGAGCUGGCAUCUCCCCUUGGCUAAAGUGGACUAGUUUUUUUCUUAGCAAAUGAGUGCAGGUGAUUCUAUUGUCACUGCUUUUCGAGCUGUAAAAAGCCGGAAUAGUAAUUUGAGAUACCAUCUUUACAGAAUAACAUAGCAAGUGCACAGUUAUUGUGAUACUGUAGGCUGUGUUGCCUAGUGCUUUUCAGGGCUGAGUGCCUAAUUCUCUUUUACUGCUUCUGUUCUGAAAGGGUUAUCCCACUUUGUAGGUCUGGUGGAGACAAAUACAUUCAGCCCCUGCUAACGUUGAAUCAAACAUUUGCAGGAUGCUUUGCAAACUGCAGCAUAUUUCUCCAGAGUUCUUUGUGAAGCUUCGUCUGGUGGAAUGAAAUAGGGCAAGCAUUAAAAGUUAGCUUGAUGUUCUGAAGUUCAAUACCCUUAACUGCUAUUUAGAACAUUAUUUAUUAAUUUUGCAGCUGGAUUCUUUACCCAGAGAAGAUCUUAUCAAAUUUGCAAAGAAGCAAAUGAUGCAUGUACAGAAAGUGAAAUCCCGAUGUUCAGGUACCUCCCUACUGAUGUUGGUUUUCAUUUUCAUUUAUUUUAAAACAGCAUAGCAGACUGCAUGAAGCAUAUAGUCCAAAAAAAGGCCCACCAGUACCAUUAGCUUCAACAAAUAAGAGUCAUGAGACCAAAAAAAAGCUUUCAGAAAUCCUGGGGAAAUGGCGUGAAUAUCUGCCGGGCUUGGAUCUGUUCCUGCUGAUGUUAGGCAUAAUAACGACCAUGAAUAAACCAAAUUAGCUGUAUAGAAGAAACUUUGGGGUUGCAGAAAAGUAGAAUAGUAUAUGAAAUGAAUGAAUUAUCCUUAUUCAGAGAAAACACUGUUUCCCCUUAGAACUGGAGAAAGAGAUUGAAGAAAUGAAAACAAAACCUGCUGCUGGAGGAACUGAUGAUAUUCUUCAGGUGGGAACAAAUAACUUACCAAACACUCUUGAGGCCGGUAGGGUGGCAGAACUGUUGCAGCUUCCCAAGCCCUGCCAGCUCACACCAGUUUGAGUGGAAUAUGGGGGCAGUUUAUUGUAACUUUUCACUUAGCCAGCUCCAGGCUGGUGUAAUUGGGGAGGAGGCUGAGGACCAGGGCCAUUGGGGAAUCUGCAGUGCUUUCGAUCCUGGAAAUGGAACACUUUCUUGGGGCUUUCCAUUUUGCUACCACUGGCAGAAGGAUCCCCAGCAGUAGCUUUCUGCGUGUUUGGGUGAAGCCAAGGCAGAGCCUCCAUCGGCAGCAGAGAGACAACUACACACAGUUCUUAAUGCCCCCAGCCAUCAACACAGACUGGUGGUAGGAUUAUACUAUUAACGCAUCAUAUAUUGUGCAAGGGCUUUUCGUUUCCAGUAAAUGCAUGUUUUGGUUAGAAGGAAAUAAGCUCUGCCUGUGUCAUACCACUGAGACUCCUUUUCUCAGCUGUCUGGGAGGUCAUUGACCUACGAGUUAAAAUGCAGGGCAUUGUGUUUUAUUGAAAAUUAUCCUUUUUUGGAUUUCCUCCUAAAGUGGGCUGCUUCUCAUCUCAUGAGAUUUGAAGAUCAAUUUGCUACAAGUGUUCCUCCAACUAUAACUGCCUGUUGCAGCAUUUACUGGUCAUCUUAAUGAUAGUGAGCAACUGAAAGCUUGGUUUGAUCGUAAGCUUAACUGUCAGGGUUUAGCAUCACGUUCAUAAGCCUUGGACAUGCGCACUCCCAUCUCCCCUAACCCACACCAGAGGAAAUUGGAAGCUUUCCAUUCCAUUCCAUUAACCACAGUUUAGUGCAGUGCUUGAAACCAAACUCUUUCAAGCUGCCUUAUUUCAGUAAAGUACCGUUAAGAUUAACCACAGUUUAGGGUUUGGACAUACCACUAAACUGUAAUUAGCUGAAAAUGACAGUGAAAACUUUUAAGUCUUCUCGUGGUUACACCUGAGAAGAGGGGGAAAUGGUAAUCUGAUGCUCAGUCACAUGACUGUAAGCAUUAAGCACAGCCAAUAAGUAAUUACAUGAUUGUUAUGAUAAUCUCAUACCCAUGUCUGUUCCCCUCUCCUAGAUCAGUGCAGUAAAUUCAUUAGUUAAGCUUCAGAUAAAGGAAAUUUCAGAGCAUAGUUAGGUUAACCAUGUUGUGUAUUCAGAUAUGGAUGUGUUUUCAAACAAUGUUGUUAUUAGAUUUUACCAGACUUCUUAGUAGCCCCAGAACUGCCCCAGUCAGAGCCAUGAGUAUAUCCCUGGUCAGGUUCUGAUUGAUUCAACAAUGCUUUCUGUCUAAGGAUGACUUUCUAUAUAAGAAAUUAUAUCUCAGUUAACUUUAGAGUGAAUAUCUGUGUGGUUUUAAUGUAAAUGGAGCCUGAGGAUCAAGCCCAUGAUUCUGACACAUGAUCAAACUCUGGGUUUGGUGCUGAAGCGGGUUAAUAACUCAGCCCACUGAGUGCAGCUGAAGAACUCUCAGUCUCCAUUUAUUCUGUGGCACAGGAAGCAAAUGUCAAUUAAAAAAUGAGACACCUUUCAGCAUCUUAAAGAAAUACAAUUCCUCUUGUGUUUUUGUUUAUAGUGAAGUGGGUUCUUCCUUCAUGCUCUGUCCUUCUUAAAAUUAGGCCCUCACAGAGAGGCUGGAUGUUGUUCUUCUGGAGAAAGCUGAAGUCCAGCAGCAGUGUCUAGCUCUGAAAAAAGAAAAUGUGAAAAGGCAACAAGAAGCAGAGGUACUCCCUAAUUCUAGCUUAUUUAAUAUAUUUCUGUCAAAGAGAGCCUUUCCUGUCUUUUAAUCCCUUUGGCUCUAUUCCAAGUUCACAAGUGUCUCUAUUCCAAGUUCACAAGUGCACUGCCCCUUUCCUUGAUCCUAAACAGGGAGGCACAGCAGAUACGAGUGUAUUCUCUAGGGAAGAGAUAUUCAAUAGACUGGGGAUAUCUAAUGUGGUGCCCUCCAGACGUUGCAGGACUACAACACCCAUCAGCCCCAGCCAUCACAACCAGUGGCCAGGGAUGAUAAAGUUGUAGUCCAGCAACUGGAGAGCAUCACAUUAGCUAUCUGUGGGCCAAUGGUUCUGUUGCAGUAAGGCUUACUAAUCUCUCAACCUUUUAUUGGAAAUUGCUUUAAACAUCUUUUUUUAAAAAACAACAAAAAACCAGCGCUCUUGCCAGUGCCUAGACAUGUGAGGUGGCACAAGUGUUAUUCCCAGCAGAUGGAGUAUUAAGAUAUUGCCAAAACAUUAAACAAUUGAAACACUUCUCAUUUAUCUGGCCUUUCCCAUUUUAGAAAUCUCUCAGAAAUAUAUCUUGCCACCAAGAACAAAAUAUGGUUUAAAUUCUUUUCGUCUGUAAAAUGUGUUCUGCUGCUUUUUCUGGUACGUAUGUCAGUUAAGAGAUGACAACUGCCAUUAGAUAUAAGGCACACAGUUACUUAAGUUGGAAGUUGCAUGCUCAGUUUUGUGAGUGGAAUGGAGAGCAAUAAAGUAGAUUAAAUAUAUAUUAUUUAAGAAGACUGAGAGUAAACCUUGGGCAACCUUUGAAAUCCUAUUUUGUAAUAGGUCAGAUUUGUAUUUUGCCUUUAAUUGAAGAAAUGUGUUUUCAGCUUGGAUGGGAAGGCAGAUGUUGAUGAAUUAAGCCAGUUGUGCAGAUCUCCUAUACAUGUUUUUGUGUCUGUCUUUAUUCCUAGAUUGUUCCCUCUGUCAGACGGGAUUGGGGAGUGAGGAUGGGUAUUGGGUGGGUUUUGGUUUGAUUUUGAUAUUUUAAGUGCUGUAAAUUGGGUAUGCACUUACAAAAUGAUUAAAAUAUGCAUAUAUGCUCUGAAUAUUUUAUCAUUAGGCUGCUCUCGCUAAGGAAGGAGAAUUGCAGAAGAAGUUUGCACAGUUGAACACUGACUACCUGAAAGAAAUCGAAGGUCUUAAGAAUGAAACCAUAGCAACACAGUCCAAAUAUGAUGAAACUAUUGCCACGUUGCAAAAGGAACUGCUUGCAGAAAGGAGCAAACAAGAGCAGCUCACAGAACAGCUUAAUUGUCAGAGUAAUAACCAAGAAGAAAUUAAAAGGCUACAGGAAGAGGUCCAUCAGACUAAGGCUGCCUAUGAGGAACAAAUAUUGAAUCUGAAGAAACAGUUGGAAGCUUCCAUUGAGGGUAAGAAGGAGGAAACUGCCAAACUGCAAGAUGUCAUUGAAAGUAAUUCUCAGUGUUACCAAAGGGAAAUGGAUAGAUUAGAUGAAGAGCUAGGCAAACAGAGGACUGCUCACCAAAAGGAGGUGUCUGAGUUGACAUGUCAGCUUGAAACCGCUGUCAAAGCAUGUGAAGAGGAGCAAAAUAAGGUAGAUCAGCUAAAGCAGAACUUAAUAGAGCAAUACAGGGUAAAAGAGAAGGACAUGCAGGAUGAAUUGCGUGCUUGUAAAGAGAAAUAUGAGCGUGAACUGGAAUACAUAAGGCAAACUCUAACGAAAGAUGUAGACAGCCUAGAAUCUGGAAAUGUGCAGUUGGAAACGGAAAUGGCAGAAAAGACCAGACAUUUAGAAAAUGCUUUAAAAGAACUGGAAUCUCAACACAGUAUAUUACAAGAUGAGUUAACCUACAUGAACAAUGUUAAGAUGAAACUGGAAGUGGAAAUCCAGCAUGCACAGGAUGAAUUCUUCCACGAAAAAGAAGAUCUGGAGUUCAAAAUUAACGAACUGCAGCUUGCCAAAGAGGAUCACUGUGGCGUAGUUGAAAAACUAAAAUCGGAGUUGAAGGCAGUAACAGAACAACACGAGAAGACUAUAAAAGAAAAUAGUCUGGAAAUUGAAGAACUGUUAGAAAAGCAUAGAAGGGAAAUUUGUGAUCUUAAACAAUCAGUAUCAUUAAGUUUAGAGAGAGAAAAUCAGUCAUUGGCUCUUCAGAUAGUGGAUCUUAAAGAACAAUGUCAGAAGCACCUACAGGAGAAAGAAGAUGCAAUUGCUAGUUAUGAGAGCUUGCGUGAAACGAUGGAAACCUUUCAAACAGAAUUGGGGGAAUCAGCUGGGAAGAUAAGCAGAGAAUUUGCAUCCAUGAAGCAGCAGCAGGCUUCAGAUGUUGAUGAACUACAGAAAAAGCUUAGAGCUGCUUUCAGUGAAAAGGAUGUUCUCCUUGAGACUGUAAAUCAGCUCCGGGAACAUACAGAACAACUUUCCUCCAAACUCGAGGAGCUGGAAGAACUAAGGCAUAAAAUAGGGACUCUCCAGGAAGAGAAUGAGAAACUUGUUGCUUCUCUUCAUCAAAGAGAGGCUGCAGUGAAAGAACUGGAAGAGAAGGAGAGUGAGCUUUCAUCACAGAACGAUAGCAUCCUAGACAAACUGAAAUGCUCUGCUGAAACGAUAGAAAGCCUCCAGGGGAAAUGCAAAGAGGAGAAGGCAGCGGCUGUGGAACAUCAGCAACGGGUUGAGGCUCUUAGCCUUUGCAACAGUGAAUUGGAGCAACAGGUAGAGGAGUUGAUGGCGAAACUGAAAGUGGAAAAAGAAGAGAACCAACUAAAGCUGGGGGAAUUGGAACAGCAGAUUGAAGCUCUUCGGCAAGAUAAAGUGCACCUCUCAUCUGAAGUAGCGAGUCUACAUGAUGAAAAUAACAAGCUCAAGGAAGACAGGGACCAAGCAGGGAAAGAGCUGGAAAGCAUUGCAUCUGAAAAGCGGGGCUGGAUUGUGUCUCAAGAGAAAGCAGAUAAUUUAGAAACGAAAUUGCAAACAGUCUGUGAAGAGAAAGACCAUUUGACUAAGGUACUUGAGGAAGAAAAGGCUUUCAGAUCUCUUGUCAUGAGUCAGCUCUGUAGCCUCCUUGAGCAGAUGGGCUCCACAAACCCAGAAGAAAAUGAAGGCAAAGAUGUACCCGGUCUGCUGCAAGCUGCGAAUGAAUUAUUUGCAAAAAUGAAGCAAGAGAUACAAAGUCUGAACUCACAAAAGGAUGAAAACGUUCUUUUACAGGAGGAAAUGCAGAGGCUGCAGGAAGAAAAUGUGGCUCGUUGCAUGGAACUCAGAUCUCUUUUGGACGAUUAUGAAAACGAAAAACUCCUGUUAAGAGAAGAGUUGGAAGGGGCUGUUUCUGAAAAAGAAGCCCUGCAGCUAGAUAUCCAGGAGCUGAAACACGCCAGUGAAAAACUCAGGAAUGAGAACCAAGAUAUUUUAGUCUGUAUGGAAGAUCUAUCUGAAAAGCAUGCACUCUGUGAAAACAAAAUAAAAGAUCAAGAAGAGGAGCGGAAAAAAUUAAGCUUGAUCCUUGAGCAAAAAGAAACGGAAGUGAGAAAUGUGCAGGCUGAGCUUUCUUUGCUAAAGGUUAGGGUUUUAUUAUUGAAUUGCUCCCAUUUAUCCCCCAAGCCUCUUUAGAACAGAAUUUGGGAAAGUAAUGGGAAUUGUGAAAUUCUUUGGUUACAAUCUUUUGCUCUUACAUGCAAAAGAUAUACCACAAAACUUGAACUCUUCAUAUCUCUUGUGAGGUUGGUGAGGAUGAUUUCAUACUUUGCGUGAUAGACUUGUCUACUGCCUGUAUAACAGUGUUGUGGUACAUGCAGUAAACACAACUCUUGUGUGAAAGCGUGCUUCCUCCUUACAUCCCCAGAUAUAAGCAUUUAUAGAUUUGGAACCUGGGUUAUGGGUUGGAUUUGUGUUCUGAAGAUUAAUUAUCCCUGAGUUCACAAUAACUCUUGAAAACUAUUAUUUUAGAGUGGCUGUUAAUUUGGUCUUGUUUGAGUGCCACUAAAUGCAUUUUAAGAUUGUGUUAGGUAGUCAAGGGUGAAACUUCUAUGUUCUUUAUUGAUUUCCCCCCAAAAUUCUAGAAAAUGAAAGUGAGCUAGGGUCUUCAAGACUUUUAGUAUUCUUCACUUUGAGACACUUUAGAGGUGAUAAAGCAAUGAAGCUAGAUGGUUGUUGCAAGUGAAUAAUGCUUCAGGGAUGUUCUGUCAUUGCCUUAUCAAGAAGAAACUUGUUGCCCAAAGAGCUCUGCUCAUAGGGCAGUAAAGAAAUAUUAAUAGUAAAUAAAUAAAAUAGCUAGUCUGAGGAGGAAAAGGAUCAGAGAGAAACCAAUGGUGCCAUUUUUAAUUAGAAAAGACAUGUAUCGCUGGAUCUUAAAAGGUGAUAUCAUUCUUACUGGAGCCUUUCCUAGUUUUAUCUGCUUGUCUUUAUCCUCUGGAAACAAAUAGCAGAUGUAACUAGGAACUCCUGUUAACACUUAGGAGUCCAGUGUUACACCGAGCAAAGCAGAAUGAAGGAAUCAGCCUCAACAGCUUCCAUUGUGAUGUCACAGUGACACCACAGGUCACUUUGCUUUGUCUCUGGGAACCCCACCACCAAGCAGCAGCAGACAUCUGUGUCGCUGCUCUACUGUUUGGAGAGAAAAUUGCAUCAAUAAGUGCUUCUCAGAGGGCAUUUCUGGGACAAGCUCUGUCUCUCUUACUUUAGAUGAGUUACAUUCAGGGAUAGGAUCAAGCUAUCCAUCUAAUUUAUUGUGUUUGCAAUGCAGGCUUCUGUCGAGGAGUCUUCUGCUAAAGAUGACCAGCAGUUAUCAGAAGCAGAAAAAAUGGGUAUAUAUAUAUUUCUUUACCAGGUUUGCUGCUGUGUAAAUAAUUACUGAGUAUUUAAUGUUUGUUUCCGUCUCAUCUCUGCAACCUGCAGUAAGUUGCAUCUUCUGGAGAUACUUUGCUCUGAUAAAGACAAAAUAGGGUGUUCGGUCUGUGAGUCCUCUAUUUCCAGGCUGCUUUUGAAUCCUGAAAUGUAUGGCUUCCAUUUUAAAAAAGAAAAGAAAACAUAUGAACGAUGUGUGGGUUAAUUUGCAUGAGGUGGUGUGUAAAUAGAUCUUGCUAUGGGAUGUGACCAUUUUUAUUGUGAUUUAAAAACAUUUAAUUGCUUAAUGAAUAUAAUGAAGCUGAUACUUAUUAAUGAAUUAUUUCUUAUUUCAGAAAGAUGUUUUUGCCUUCACAUUUUAAAAUAGGUUUUGUUUGUUCAUUCAGUGAAUUUGGAAAGACAACUGAAAGAGAAAGAAGAAAAAGGAAAUAAAAUUAAAGCUGUUGCCAUGAAAUUAAGGAAAGAACUGGAAUGCAGCAGGAAAGAGGUAACUGGAAUCAAGUUCCAUAUGUUUUGUACCAAUUCCUCGUGAGAUGUUUGGUCAUGUGUUUCUGGGGCCACACAGGUCUUUUUAGGCCUGCUUUUAAGUUGUUCCGAGUAGGAUGGUUCCAUAGUUUUCUCAUUUGUGAUUGUUAAUGGGCUGGUGGCACUUUGGUAGCCUCCAUUCUCAUCUAACCACAGUCUUUAGUUUCAGUUUUGACAAAAUGUCUGCCUACUUUAGAGGACUGGAUGCAUAUGAGCCGGAGAAGAUGGAAGUUAGAAAGACCUUGAAACCAGGGCAGGUAGAUUCAGCGUUGACUUGAGAGGUUUUGGUCUUUGCCAAAUGGCUGUUUCAUACAUCUCAUUUUUUCCUGCGUGGCAGUACUGACAUGGGGAAAAGGGAAAUGGACACAAUUCUACAUGUGGAGUUGACAUGCCUUUUACAGUGAAUACUUAAGUUUGGAAGCCAAUACAACCCACACAUUUGGAAUUUCUUGUCUGUUCAGGUCUUCCUUGAAAGAUAUUAUUAUUAUUAUUAUUAGUAGUAGUAGUAGUAGUAGUAGUACCCCGCCCAUCUGGCUGGGUUUCCCCAGCCACUCUGGGUGGCUUCCAACAAAGAUUAAAAAUACAUUAAAAUGUCACACAUUAAAAACUUCCCUGAACAGGGCUGCUUUCAGAUGUCUUCUGAAUGUCAGGUAGUUGUUUAUCUCUUUGACAUCUGAUGGGAGGGCAUUCCACAGGGCGGGCGCCACUACCGAGAAGGCCCUCUGCCUGGUUCCCUGUAACCUUACUUCUCGCAAUGAGGGAACCGCCAGAAGGCCCUCGGCGCUGGACCUCAGUGUCCGGACUGAACGAUGGGGGUGGAGACUCUCCUUCAGGUAUACUGGGCCAAGGCUGUUUAGGGCUUUAAAGGCCAGCACCAACACUUUGAAUUGUGCUUGGAAACGUACUGGGAGCUGCAAGGAAGGUUGGAUUUGCUGUUCCUCAUUCUCUUUAUGGCAUGAAUGACUAACCCAUGACCUAUGAGCUGCAUCUUGUCUGCCAAGCCACAAGAAGUGGCCUGAUUUGAGCCCCCGCUGCUUUAUCUCCUGAUCUAAGGGGGUUUUAUCUCCUGAGAUCUGUUCAGGAUAUAAACUACUCUGUCUGAUCUCUAAAGAGCAGUGAGUAUACAUUUAAGAGUGAAAGGCAGCAUUUUUUCCCUCACUCCAGGCUGUCUUUUGCCAGCACAGAUCCUUCUGUGCGGAGUUAAAAAAACUAGCUUUUUCAGCCACCCCAACAUGGGUCAGGAAUGCUGGAAGUGCCGAUUCUGUAUACAUGUGUGUGAAAUAGUGUAUCUAUGACUAAGGAAAUGAAUGCUCAGUAACCGCCACUCUGAUGUUUGUAUAUGGUAAACGUCCGUGUGUGGUGAGUGUAUGUUUGUGUAUUCAUGCAGCAGCCAUGCUCACUGCUGCCAUAUUGCCCUCAGGGGAGUGGCUGACUGAGGGUCAAUAUGUCAGGAGCUCAGCCUACACUUGAGUAGGACCCUGGCAGAGACACAUGCCUGACUGGCAUGUUCUCUUCCUCCUGGUCAAUCGUUAGGGAGCUUCAAAGGCUUUCUUCAGCCCGAACAUCACAGCGACCGAUGCCAACUGACACCGGCACACUUAGGGAUCCGCAGAGUUUGCGCAUCAUGCGUAACAGACCUCAGCAACUCAGCAUUUUGGCUAAUCUACCGUAUUUUUCACACCAUAGGGCGCACCGGACCAUAGGGCGCACCCAGUUUUUAGGGGGGGAAAUCAAGAAAAAAAAUAUUUUCCCCCUCAGCCCCAAAGAGCAGCGUACAGGCUGCGCACAGCCUCUCCCUGCCAGAGGGGUUGAGCGGGCCUAUGGCACAAGCCAAGGCAGCGAGCGGGAUGGAUCCCGCUCGCUGUUUUGGCUUCCCCUUUAGCCCCGUGCAGCCUCUCCUUGCCAGAGACGCUGCGCAGGGCUUUCCUGGCUUUACUGGGAGGUGGGGGGAUUCCCUCACCUCUCCCAAAAGCCCGCAGAAGCCGCGCAACCCCUUUACAGAGAUCGCGGCUUCUCCUGGCUUUCCUGGGAAGUGGGAGAAUUCCCCCACCUCCCGCAAAACCGGCAGAAGCCGCACACACUUCAAAAGGGCUGCACGGCUUCUCCUGGCUUUCCUGGGAGGUGGGGGAAUUCCCUCACCUCUCGCAAAAGCCCGCAGAAGCCGCGCAACCCCUUUAAAGAGAUCGCGGCUUCUCCUGGCUUUUCUGGGAGGUGGGAGAAGGGACUGAUGCGGCCAGUCAGUCCCUUCUCCCACCUGUGGAAAAGCCCGCAAGAGCGCACAGAGCUUGUGUGCGGCUCUUGGGGGCUUUUCCCGCCUGCCUCCCCCCUGCAUUCGCUCCAUAGGACGCACACACAUUUUCCCUUGCUUUUUAGGAGGGAAAAAGUGCGUCCUAUGGUGCGAAAAAUACGGUACUUUAUUUACAUAUAAACACACACGGAGCACUGCAACAUGGCUCCCUCUCUCUCUAGCAUCAGACAGCAAAGAGAAAGAACAAAGGAUAAUAGUCCCACUUCACGGAACACAGUAACACAAACAUCCUGUCUCUGUCACUUCUCACUCUGAAGUCAAAACAUACACCAUCAUGUGAAAGACAACAAUCCCAUGACUGCAAUCAUGGAGCAGGAAUUCUAACACAAUAUAGUCCUCAUGCUGAAUAGGGUUGGUCAAUGCUUCUCUGGGACAAAGAGCUUCAAAUCUACAGUACAUGGAACUCAAUAGCUUGCUAUUGAGGGCUGGGAUUUGGUGUCUGCUGAGCUCAGGGAGUGGGUCGCUCUUGGGUCCUGGCUUCACUGCACACUGUGAAAAUAUGCUCCAGAGGAAACAAGGUAGGAGGUAGCGUGGGAAGUUUCAGGGGAGGUGAGAGUUAGUGAAAUCCCCCCCCUUUUUUUUUUCAUUCACAGAAGGUUGUCUUCAGGUCCAAUCACUGGUAGAAGUAACAAGGGUUCAUAUCUUUCUUUGCACUUAGGCACAGUCACUUAGAGAAGAGGUGAAGUUAUUGCAGUCAGAGAGACAGCAGCUGUCAACGUCAAUGGGAGACAUCAUUCAGACAGCAGAGAGCUAUAAGGUAAAGGACAAGUACUUUAUCUUCAUCACUUCCUGCUGUGCUUGAAGCGCUUCGGGCUUCUCUGAGCUUGUGCCCACAUUGUUCCCAAGCACCUGCAUUUCAGCUGCCGGGGAGUUAUAAGCAGGGGCUGUGUUUGCAGUGGACAGCACUGUGCCCAAAAACCCUCUGCUUACAGCUUUGUUAGUGUGGAUUUUUCUAAGGUGUUUCGCUCUUACAUCAUUUAUUUAUUUUUACAUAUUUGUUUUCCCAUUAAAAAUGGCACAAAACUCACAGAAGGAUCCUGCUGAACCUAUUGUUGCUGUUUAUAAGCAGGGCAGUUCAAAAAUGGUCAGGAUUUGUAUCCCAAACUCCAUUCUAUCUAACGGAAUGGAAAAAGCAGAGGCAAGGACUCAGUUAUAGAUCUGCCUUACCCAUUGCAUGGUAACCCUAGUUUCUGUGUGUGAAUUGACUCAGAUGUUAGUCCCCACGUGCUUUUGUGCUUUGUUUUACCAGCAACAUUUUGCUCUUUUCGAAAAAGCUUUUAGAAUAUAAGUAUGCAUCUACUUCCAUCUCUUGGAUGUUAACCUAUUACAUCGAAUACAUAAUUCCUUCUCAAAUUUUGUUCAGAUGUUCUUGUUUGACUCAGGAGGUCCAUGUGAUUUUGCUCAAUAGGACCAACUCCCAAAAUUUUAUACACCAUUCCUCAAAUUAAUGGAGUUUUUGCUUUGGUUCCCCCAUUUGGCAUAUGUAAGGCACAGUAGUGACAGUGUAUUACCCGGUAGAUUCUCUUUAUUUGAGAGAGUGGAGUCAUUAAAAUGCAUUACUAAAUAAACUCCUGGGUCAGACAGUAUAUUCACUUGCAGGAUAUUACGUAUUACAGUGGUGCCCCGCAAGACGAAUGCCUCGCAAGACGGAAAAACCGCUAGACGAAAGGGUUUUCCGUUUUGAAGUUGCUUCGCAGGACGAAUUCCCCUAUGGGCUUGCUUCGCAAGACGAAAAUGUCUUGCGAGUCUUGAGAUUUGUUUCGCUUUUCCCCCCCCUUUAUCUCAUCUGCUAAGCAUUUAAUUGCCUUGAAUAGCCUUGUAGCGGCUAAGCCCCGAAGGCUUUAAGCCUUUAAUAGCCGCUAAACAGCUGAUAGCGCUAAUAGCGCUAAUCCGUCAAUGGGCUUGCUUCGCAAGACGAAAAAACCGCUAGACGAAGACUCUUGCGGAACGGAUUAAUUUCGUCUUGCGAGGCACCACUGUACUGUUAUUUUCCUCUAAAAUCUUUUUAUCUUCUGAAGAAACCACUAACAGUGAUAAGAAUCAGCCCUCUCUACCCCUGGCUUCCCACAAAGAUCUGUCAUCAUCUUUAUACAUUUUAGCCAGCCUAAUUGUACAGUGGCAUCUAAUAUUUUAAUAGUUUUCUAGUAAGUCGGCUGAAAUGGCAUAUAUUUGAAUCUUUGACCAGGUAUAUAUUUUUUUUAAAAAAAACCUUAAGUAGCAAUUAUUUCACUUUGCCUGUUUUUAAAGCAGUACGAUUCCAUGUUAAAACACAACUUCCCAGAUAUUUUCAGCAAGAUGCUGAAGAUUGGCUGCUUGUUGGGCCAGCCCAAGUUCAUGACAUGGAGAUAAACGUAAUGUGAACUUUUAAUGCCUUCAUCUAGUAUGCCAUUUUGCUUUGCGGUAUAUAACAGUAUAGUUGCUGUCGGAUGCAACAGUGCAGAUCUUUCAGACAGGUAUCCAGAAAGUAAAAUCUUUAUUUAUUUCCAUGUUAAGAAGUAGCUCUGUUUCCUGGUGCUACCCUGACAAAGAAUGUGGCUGCUUAUGCAUACAGAACGUUGUGGGCUCAUAAAUAAAGGCUUAAUAGAAUGUGUAUGUGCUCCAAGAAUCUUUUAACAGAGUUUGACAAGCAAGCAGAGCAGCUGGACACUGAAAAAAAGCGAGCUCGUAAAUUUGAACACCAGAUAGAUGACCUUACGAGACAACUGGAAAACUCUACUCAGCAGGUGCUGGUUAUAUAAAAUCUAUACAAAUGGAAUUUGUUCUUAUUUGCGGGGAGGAGCAAAAGUGAGAAUUAAUGGGAGGAGAUUGGGGAGUGAGCAGUCUUGAGACUAGAAAAUGAAUUUUGCUUUUGCAGGGCUUGAGCCCCUGUUUGUGAUCUUGGGCACUUCACUUGUUUUCUAGUUGAGCACUGUUUCUUUCCAACAGUGGCCAGCCACAUGACUCUGAGAAACCUACUGCAGGUCUUGAGGGUAACAGCAUCCCCACUCUUCCCCCUGCCCACAGCAUUUUUAGUUCACAGCAGUGCUGCCUGGAAUGGAGGCUUUAUUUCACUGUCAUAGCUGAUUGCUACCAAUCCAAAAGACCGAUUUUUUUUGAAAUACAAAGGUAGAAAAAGUCUAUAACGAAAUCUGGCUCUUUAUUUUCACAGAGGAACAGAAAGGUUUAAUCUUGAGCUUCAUUAAAAAAAAUAUUGUUUAGAUAGUAUUUAGUGCCUCUGAAGGUGGCACGGAUUUAUUUUUUAAAGUGGAAACAAUAAGUUUUGUUAGAGACAUGUGAUUCUCCAUCCCACCCCAAUGUAUUCUUAAAUUAUGCUGUUCUUUAAGUAUAUUGUAUAUAAGAAAUGUAUAAGUAUAUAAGAAAUGAGACAACUUAUAUUAGAUAUCUUUGUCCUUCAGGGGGAACUAUGAGAAAGUUGCUCUGAUCAUUAAUAUCUGUUCCAGCUGACGAAAAUUUUAUAUCACGCAGGGUUGUCUGCAGUAGUUUUCUUGUGCUGUAUCAUUACCACUAGGGACCAUUUGCAGAAAGGAACCAGUUAAAUCAUACAUUUGCUUAGAAUCAGGCAUAUUUAAGCUCUCCUGAGAUCGAUGUAUCCAGGACUCAGGCCAUUAAAGUAACAAAAGUGGGUUAAAAGCAAUUAAUAUUUUUCAAGUAUGUUUAUGUUAGGGGGGUGUUUUUUGGUAAGAAUUCCAGAGCAGUUCAAUGUAGAAAAUACCAGAAUGGUGUAUGCCGUAAUACUGUAAAGCAUAUACAAAAUAAAAUACAGAAAAACAGUGUCAUAUGUUUAGUGGCAUAUAAAGUAUGGCUGUUCACACUACUAGGAACGUCUGUGUGAACUGAAGGCUUUUAAGUAAGUUAUUUUAAGCCUCACACUGGGGCGGGGGAGUCUGGCUUUUGAAAAUGGUAUCUGGGUGAAAUCUCCAGUGUUUUAAGUGGUGUAGCUGAAUAUUUCCCAUCCUGACUCUGCUAAUGCUGCUACUAUCCUUUUUAGCAAGACCAGUGGCGUUCUGCUAAUGAAGACCUCCUGACUCGUGUUCAGACUUUGCAAACUAACACUAAGCUGCUAGAAACACAGCUACUGGAAACUCAGAGGGCCAAAGCAAAAGUCGAUAAAGAACUCGAAGCUGAAAAGCUUCUAAAAGAACAAAAGAUAAAGGUGAGUGACAUGUGUUAGGAGAGCAGAAAAUAGAACAGAAUAAGAUACCUAUUUCUGAAUGAGUAGCCCUUGCGCUAUUUUCUUUGCAGGACCACACUAAUGCUGCAAAAGAAGUUGAAGAACUUCAAACACAACUUCAGAAAGAAAAGAAGCAUCUUCAGAAAAUUCUAGAAGAGCUGGAGUUGGCAAAGAAGGUAGCCUGGUAGUUUAUAUCUACCUCUCUCCCCCCCCCCCCCUUGUCUUAUCUUUGCAUAUUUACCAUCUUUUCACUCAGAGCCAGUGUGGUGUAGUGGUUAAGAGUGGUAGACUCAUAAUCUGGUGAACCGGGUUCGCUUCCCUGCUCCUCCACGUGCAGCUGCUGGGUGACCUUGGGCCAGUCACACUUCUCUGAAGUCUCUCAGCCCCACUCACCUCACAGAGUGUUUGUUGUGGGGGAGGAAGGGAAAGAAGAUUGUUAGCCGCUUUGAGACUCCUUAGGGUAGUGAUAAAGUGGGAUAUCAAAUCCAAACUCCUCUUCUUCAGAAGGUAGAAUCCAUAAAAGAGCAUGCAGAACUACAGAAUAGGUCUUUGCUGGGUUUUUCCCCUCCUCCAAGUCUCUUCUAAAGGCCAAGGGACCUUCUGAUUCAGCAUGGGGACUCCAGGCCAAUUCACAAGUUGUUGGUGAUUCAUAUACAGCAGGGAUAUCCAACCAGUCAAUCGUGAUUGACAGGUAGAUCGCCACACGAUCUUGGUCGAUCGCAGACAAGUAAUGUCCUCGCCUCCGUCUCCCGGCGCUAGUUUCCUGUGUUGGUGCCACAGCAUUUGUGAACGUUUUGAAAAGCGGAAUGCUAAAGCAAACUUAUCUGUAGCACUUCGUGAAAAAAGCUGAACAACUCUGGCCGCCACCCCUAAAAAACGUUCAACAACUUUGGCUAACCCCCCCCCCCAAAAGCUCAACAGUGGGUAGAUCACUGCCAUUUAUAUUAUACUGGGAGUAGAUUGCAGUCUCUUUGGAGUUGGACGUGCCUGAUAUAUAGAAUCUUGUUUUUUAUUUGGGUAUUCCAUGGCAUGUUAAACGGGGCUAAAGAAUAAAUGUUUGGCAGGAAUGUUAGGUCUUCGGGACCAGCCAAAGCAGCGGUAGAAGUUAAAACUUGCAGGUGCCGUGUGUUUGUACAGGAUGCGCAUAAGAGUACAGUGAUGGACAUGGAAAUGGCUGAUUAUGAACGUUGUGUAAAAGAACUUAAUCAAAAGAUUACUGACAAAAGCAGCAGAAUUGAAGACCUUGAGCAAGAGAUUAAAAUUCAGAAGCAGAAGCAAGAGACUCUGCAGGAAGAAAUCAGUGAGUAGCGCACUAAACUCCUCCUUGGGUCUAAAUACGUUUUUGUGGAUGUUUCAGUACAGUAAGAGGGUUUUUUAUAGGUAUGCCUCAGAAUAGCAGAGAAGCUACAUCCUCCAAACAGAGGUCAAUGGCCUCUUAUCCAGUAGAUAGGAAUAACUUUGCAAGAAAUUUAUUUUGUAGGAUUAACAAAGUGCCAUAGUAUUUAGAAAUCAUUGGCAGUAUAUGCCACUUCACAAAUGUUUAAAGUUCAGUAGGUUGGAAAAGCCAACACUCCUUAGAAAUAUUUUUUCACGUCAAUGAUAAAUCUUUAUAGCUGUUCAUUCACUCUAUUUCUUCUAAAAGGAUGUCUAGAUUUUUAGUUGGGUUUAAAGCAGUUCUUGUCUGAAAAUAGUAUUUUAAAGUGAAGAUUGUAACUUUCUGGUAUAGUUUUAAUUCUAGUAAAAAGUUUAAAUCAAGGAGCAAGAAGGAAGCUUCAUUUCUUCUUUCCAAGCCUUUAUAGGAAAAUCUGGAAGAAUUUCAUUGAAAGUUCUGCUGCUUGCUUUCUGAAUAAAUUACCUUCAACGUUUACUUUGUUCACUAGAAUCAUUCCAGAAUACUGUACAAGAGUAUGAGGGGAAAAACACGAAGAUCAAACAGCUGCUGGUGAAAACGAAAAAGGAAUUGGCUGACUCAAAGCAAGCAGUAAGUCCCUAUGCUUUCUAAUAAUUUGUUCUCUCUUCUGACAAAGUAAAAAUGAUGCUGCUUCAUUUCACUCUUCUGCAGCAUAGUGCUAAAUUAUUCAAGAUGCUCUUGUUUUGCAGGGAAAUGAACUUCUGAGGCUUCAAGCAUCUUUAAAAGGGGAGUUGGAAGCAAGUCAGCAGCAAGUCGAAGUUUAUAAGGCAAGAUCUCCCCCCCCCAAUAAAAAGUAGUGAGAUGCACAGUGUUGCACCUCCCCAGAGUGGUAGCUAAAGCUGUAUGUUAAAAACCGUAACUGCAAUCAAUUGCUAUCAUACAUGCUAUCUCCCUGAAAUACUACAUUUUUCAAGAUGAUACUCUGCUGUUACGUAUUUACAUAUAAGUUGCAUUGAAAUCCAUAAAACCUUACUAGGUAAGGAUGCACUCUUAGACUCAGUUUCCAGAAUAAGUACCACUGAGUUCGGUGGUGUUACUUUGGAGUAAAGGUAAAGGGACCCCUGACCGUUAAGUCCAGUCGCGGAUGACUCGGGGGUUGCAUCGCUCAUCUCGCUUUACUGGCGGAGGGAGCCGGUGUACAGCUUCCGGGUCAUGUGGGCAGCAUGACUAAGCCGCUUCUGGCAAACCAGAGCAGCACACGGAAACGCCGUUUACCUUCCCGCCGGAGUAUUUAUCUACUUGCACUUGAUGUGCUUUCAAACUGCUAGGUUGGCAGGAGCAGGGACCGAGCAACGGGAGCUCACCCUGUCAUGGGGAUUCGAACCGCCGACCUUAUGAUCGGCAAGCCCUAGGCUCUGUGGUUUAGACCACAGCACCACCCGCGUCCCUUUACUUUGGAGUAGUUGUGUACAUACUGCUAUUACAUGCUUUUGGAUCUGGAUGUCAUUGUGGUCGUUUUCUGUACCCAGUCCCUCCCCAAUGCCCAGGAUAGAUUUCAAGUCUGAGAAUAAAGAAACUGGGCACAAUCCAAUCAAAACUGAGCCUUUUUAAGUCCUGUUGAUUUCAGUGAAAAGAGUUAGGCGUGUGUGGACAACUCCUAUUGAAAUCAGUGUGGGGCCCCGAAAUGCUUGACAGGAUUGUUCCAAAUAUAUUCCUUUUAAUAAAAUUAAAAGCAGCUUGUAAAUUGGAUUGCCAAGCUGCAUCCGUUCUCCACUCAUGCCACACCACUAUGUUUUGUGGUCAAUGUUAUAUUCAUUUCACUUUUUUUCCUACAUUAGUGCAGUGAGAAAUAUACAAUGUCACAUAUGACUAAAGUCUUUGGCCAAAAUGGUGUGUCUCAUUUUUUCUCCACGUGAAUACGUUUUUGGAAGCUGCAGGAAUUCCAGGCUAUAAAUUCCAUGACAAAAAUUUCAUACACAGUUUUUACGUGCAACUUUAUGUGUAAGGAUGUUUUUAUAUCAAGUAGCUCUUGGUUAAUUGCAAUUACUUGAAUUCAUCGCUUCAUGCCACUUGUUAAACAUUUGACCAUUUACAUAUUUUCGAAUUUAGCAACAAAACAGUAUCCUCUUUUGCAACAACCAGACCUAAGCCGCUAAGUGGAGCACUUUUGCUAUGGAAAAGAGUGAAAAAGCAAAGUAAAGGUAUUCCUGUGCCACCAAAAUUGUUCCAGAGGGUUCUUGGAAGCUUCAGAUUUUGUCAAUUUGAUAUUCCUUAUUACUGUCCAAUCCAAAAUGGAAACUUGUAGCAAUAACUUUUCAUUUAAUGAGAAAACACCAUUGUCAACAGCUAAAUUCAAAUAUUUUGGAUCUGUGAAUGUCCUUUUACAGAUCCAGUUGGCCGAUAUAACCUCAGAAAAACACAGGAUACAGGAACACCUGCGGACUUCACUAGAGCAACACCAGAGGGUGCAGAGUACUUAUCAGCAGAAAUUAGCAGCUCUUCAAGAGGAAUGUAGUACAGCAAAGGUAUUUUCUUGUGGGGGAGGGAUUCCAGUUCCUAAGGAAUGGCUCCUCUAUGAAAACGUCCAGUAAGCAUCUUAACAGUUGCUUAGAGGUUGGGAGAUGCUGCCUGACAUUCAGUACUUUUGAAAAAUGAAUUAUUAAGUUUCCCAGCUUUGUGCACCUCUCAGAUCUCUAAGGGGCUUGUGAAGAGCCAAUGUUUUUAUUAAAGUCAAUCUUAGUUCUAAAGACCAAAUGCUCACCAUGGCGUGCAACAGUUCCUUUUAGGAGAAUUAAUUCGUCAUCUUUCCCUAUGAGCAAAACUGCUUGGCAUCUUACUUUUCUUUUGAUUUUGCCGUAUAUCCAUGACUGGUAGACUUUCCUGGUGUUGCUAUGUCUUAGAUACAAAUGCAGCAUAAAAGAGAAAAGUCUGACUGGUUGCAAGGUUAAAGCUAGAGGUGCUAAGCACCACAAUAUGUAUAUAGAUAUUAUUUUAGGCUUUGCGAUAUACAGGUUAAAUUAAUCUGAUUGUAUGGAAGGUAAUUCAGCUGCAUUUAGAACACCCGAACUGGCGAAAGUUGGGAUUUGUACUUUGUAAUAGAUGGAGUGGAGUGGAAAAAGCUGUAUUUCCCAUAAGGAUAUUUUGGGGAGCAGGAAGGGGAAUCAAGUUACAAAGAGUUUUCAAUCAGUUGCAAAGAACGCUUGUACUGCUUGAACCUCCCACCCCUUUGUGUUUACUGCACAAAGAUAAAUGAUUGCUGUUUUUGCUUUCUGGGCAGUGUUAUUUUGCAUGCUCUUCAGCAGACUUCCAAACUGAACAUAGAAUUAUCUAUCUUCUUGGUUGCUUUUACAAAGCAGAAUGACUCAGAAUCCGUGUCAGUUAUAACUAGGCGUGUGAUUAAUGUGUGUGUAGGAGGGGACUGGCUUGUGAUGGCAGGAUGUGUCAUGGAACAGAAGCGUAGCUUGUGAGGUUUCCACCCCUGGCUUGCAUUGUAAUUGUUAUUGGUUGUCGUUGGCUACACUUAGAUUACAAAAUAGCAUUGUACUUGGUCAUGCAUUAAAUGUGUGCAUUGAAGCUACAAAUGAUGUGCCUUUGAAACAAAGGUGUUUUGUUUUUUUACUGUCAUCAUUUAAGAACAGAUUAUCCUGUGAAGCUCAAGGGAGGGGUGUAAUAUUUCUCUAAUUAAAAAAGGAAGUGUGGGAAUGGAUGUGUAUAUCUCUACAUGUGCAUCACAAGUAACUCUUUAGGUUUUGUUCCUUAUGCAAAUUGAAAUAACCUUCUGCCCCCAUAUGACAUUGCAGGCAGAAUACUCCGCUGUAACCUCUGAAUUUGAAAGCUACAAAGUCCGCGUUCAUAAUGUUUUAAAACAGAAAAAUAAGUCUUCUCACUCUGAAGCGGAUGUGACCAAGCAAGAAAGGUAAGUGUUGCACAGUUGGAAGGUUUUGGUGGAUGCUGGUUUAAAUCAAAAUUCCAUUCUCAGGGCAUUUGUUAAUAUUAGGGCUCAAAGUUUCUCAGUUCACAGAUUGCCUCAGUGGUAUUUGCAAAGUAGAUAUAGAAUCUUACUUAGUCCCAAGUGGAAAUAGAGACGAAAAAGGUUCAUAGUACACUUAAGAUUUGUCUGAUUCAGAUGUAACACUAAAAUAUACCUCUAUUUAACUUCCCUCUCCUCUGAUGCAGUCAUUGUGAUCCUGCUUGUAUUUCUCCAGUCCACUUUGCAUGCAGCAGCCAUACAAUGUGGCAAACUUCCAUGCUCUUGUUUGUGGAGUUCCGCUUGUUCCAAAGUACAAAAGUUUGAUUUGAUUUGGAUGUGUAUGAUGAAAUUCAGAUCCAUUCAUCACUUCUUUCAGCCUUAAAUUCUUCAAUUCUGUUACGGAUUUGGAACCGUGUAGAUGCAGUCAUGGAAGACUAACAAAGCACAGAAGAAUUUCCAUUUUUUUGUGAUUUAGGAAGGUACACUUGAAGGUUCAGGAAAAGGUACACGCUUGCCGUGUUUAGUAGUGUGUUUUUCUUUUCUUUAGAGAACACAUGGAAAAUAUAAUAGACCAACUGAAGAUCAAAUUGCAAGACACUCAGCAUAACUUACAAAUGAAUAUAACCGAGCUUCAGUCACUGCAGACUGAACACGACACUCUGCUGGAAAGGCACAAUAAAAUUCUUCAGGAGACUGUGGCAAAGGAAGCAGAGCUCCGAGAAAAGUACGUUAAUACACCUUGUAAAUUACAUUGUGCUGACGACUAGUGUUUCAUCUUUGAAUUUUGUGCCCAAGUGGACCUUUGGAGCUAAAAGCCUCCAUGUCUUCGGUGUUCCUAUGGUGGGAAGAUGUUUCAAUAAAUCCUUGCUGUUCUCCACCCCCUUCCUAAGUUGAAACGUCUUUAACAGUUCCUUGUUUAACUAACAUGGACAUUCUUUGGCUGCGUGGAAAUACCUUCCAGGCUCUGCACAAUCCAGUCUGAAAACAUGGUGAUGAAGUCGGAGCACGCGCAGAUUGUCAGCCAGCUGACAGCCCAGAAUGAAGCUCUUCGCAACAGUUUCCGCGAUCAAGUCCGGCACCUGCAAGAAGAGCACAGGAAGACUGUGGAGACCUUGCAGCAGCAGCUGUCCAAAGUAGAAGCCCAGCUUUUUCAACUCAAAAGCGAGCCAAACACCAAAAGUAAGUUAUCCGAUACUCACUGAAGGAAUAAUGCUGAGCUGAGCUCACCUAGCAACUGUUUCUGUGCUUGUCAAAUAAACUCCGCUUAGGACUCUAUUCCCCAGCUUCAUUGCCAAUUCUGUCACUGAUUCGAGUCUCCUAUUACAUAAUGUCCUGUGGCAGGACUAGUUUUCCUGUUAGGCAGGAUGGUAGCAAAGGGUUUUUUUUGGGGGGUGCACCUCUGCAGAGCCAAGCAGUUUUACUCUUACUACUAUCAGGGGCGGACUUUGAUAUUACGGCACCCUGAGCGAGUCCAAAAUUUGCCCCUCCCCCAGGCCUCAUGCUGUGCGGAGGUGUGAGGGCUCCCACCUCCUUCCUGUAGCUGAGCAAGUGCUUGCCGGAGCCUCCCUAAAACCACCUCUGUUACUGUUUUUAUAUCCAGGUGGGUAGGGAUUAGAUCAUGAGGCUGGGGGCCAGAUCCAGCCCAGUCGCCUUUUAAAUCCAGCCCUUGGACGGUCCAGGAAUCAGCGUGUUUUUACAUGAGUAGAAUGUGUCCUUUUAUUUAAAAUGCAUCUCUGGGUGAUUUGUGGGGCCUGCCGGCUGUUUUUACAUGAGUAGAAUGUAUGCAUCUCUGGGUUAUUUGUGGGGCAUAGGAAUUCGUUCUCCCCCCCCCCCCCCCAAAAAAAAAAAUAUAUAUACAGUCCGGCCACACAAAGUCUGAGGGACAGUGGACUGGCCCCUUGCUGAAAACAUUUGCUGACCCCUGUUCUGCUUCAGGAAUGAAUCAACAGUUAUCCUGGGGCAUUUCUAUGUUGUACAGCAGUGUGUCUUUUGUUACUUUAAAAAAAUAUAGGCUGUUAACAAUGUUUAGGUAAUUCCCUUCCAAAUGUUUUGUUUUGUUUUGUCUCGGAAUUGCUUUAUAAUGGCUUAUUUUUCCAGGUUCUGCUCCAGCCAACCUUCCAGCAAAGAACUUGCGAGAGCGGAGGAGCACUGACCUUCCUCUUCUUGAUGUCCACACUAUAACCAGGGAGGAGGGCGAAGGAAUGGAAACCACUGACACAGAGUCUGUAUCUUCUGCCAGUAAUCACAUGCCGUCGUUGGAACAGCUUCUUAAUACCCCUGAUGCAAAAUUUGGUAAGGAAGGCUUGUUCAUGCAUUGAUGCAGUUCGUAUUUUAAAGUUUUGUUUUUGGCACAAUACCGAACUUAGCACAAGUUGUACGACUUCUUUAUUGUUGCAUUGGACUUCUUUAUUGUUGCAUUGAGGUCUGUCAUACUUUCUUCAUGUUUAGCCCUCAUCAUGAGCCAUGAUGAUGCACAUAUGGCCUAGGGAAUGUCAAAUUCAGCCUAGAGAUGCACGUUCUUCAAGGCCUGUUGAAGAUUCUGUGUAUUGUGACAGGAUCCCAGGGCAGCAGGUUUACGGAAAACGUACGUGCAUGUUCUUCAUGAAACCUGGCGAACAUGCACCGUCACCCGUUGCCAUGCACAUAACCUGCUCAACCUGUAUUCCCCUUAACAUAUACACACUUGCAGCUGUAAGAAAUAGUAGAAGCAUCAAUCACAUUUGAAACUGGCUUAUUGUGAACCAUUUUAGAAGCUCCACACUGGGAAGCUGAACUCACCAAAGAAGAGUUGGUGCAGAAGCUGAACACCACGUCGAAGAGCGCGGAUCACUUAAAUGGACUGCUGCGAGAAUCGGAAGCCACCAACGUGAUCCUCAUGGAACAAAUAAAGGUUAGCAGGCAUACCCUUACCAAGCUCUGGUGAACUGCAUGGUGCAUCAGUUUCUGUUUGCAAAGUCUAAAAAUCCUUUUGCGAUUAUGUGAACUCAGUGCUAUUCUCGUUCCCACACCUUGACAGCUUCUCCCCAUCAGCUCACAGAAAUACUGUCUUCCCCACCUUUGUGAUCGUGAGGACUAACAAAUCCUCACAGAAUGGAAUCUCCUAUUAAGGUUUUGGUUCUUCCCUAGGAAAAGGAGUCAGGCAAUGUCAGGAAAUGUAAAUGAAUGUGGGCUAAUAGAGUGUUAAAAAGGCAGAAUAUGAAGUAGUAGGGAAGCCUCCCCAGAGGUCUAGGAAAAUCAGGAACUGGAAAUUAGCUGAAUAGAUUUUUUACGGCUAAGAAUGUCAGUUGCCUGUCAGUGAGAAUACAGUGAAAUGUGAAGCAAUUGGGACGAGGCGAGGAGACUCCAUCACUGUCACCGGAGGAAAGCAUUUUUACACAGUCAGUUUCCUGGUGCACAGUCCCAUAAGUGAUUAGAAAGAGUCGGAAAUGGGGCGGGCUUGAGUCAAGCUCUCCUUGCAAGCAGAAGCUUGAGAGCUUCAGUGACUGCUAUUGACUCAGUGGUGAGAAGUGUGAAAGACCAAAGAGGACCUUGUGGUCUCGCAUGGGGGUGCAUCACUGCAUGGGAAAAAGUUAAUCUGAAAUAGGCUGUGCGCAUUAUUGCCACUGCUAGACAGCUAGACUGGUGACAGGGAGUGGCCGCUGAGACUAUAUAACACCUGAAAGACCUACAUUGGCUCCCAGUACGUUUCUGAGCACAAUUCAAAAUGUUGGUGCUGACCUUUAAAGCCCUAAACAGCCUUGGUCCUGUAUACCUGAAGGAGCAUCUCCAUCCCUGUUGUUCAGCCCAAACACUGAGGUCCAGCACCGAGGGUCUCCUCCCUCCCUGCGGUGGUUCCCUUCCUGCGAGAAGUGAGAUUACAGGAAAUCCAGGCAGAGGGCCUUCUCGGUAGUGGCAUCCACCCUGUGGAAUGCCCUCCCAUCAGAUGUCAAGGAAAUAAAAAACUAUCUGACUUUUUGAAGUAUAAGGAAGUUUUUGAUGUUUGAUGUUUUAUCGUGUUUUUAAUAUUCUGUUGGGAGCCGCCCAAAUCCAGCCAGAUGGGCAGAGUAUAAAUAAUAUGUUGUUGUUGUUGUAUUAUAUAGACAAACAUGCAGGGGUUGUUCACUCAACCACUUUGCAAGACCCAGUCUGUUUGUAUUUAUUGUGUUGGUUAGUUGCUUUUCUUAAGAAUGUAACUCAAAGCAGAUUUCAUUGAACCAAUUAAAAACGACAAUAAAAACCUAAGAGUGCAACAGUUCAAAUAAAAUACUAGAAAGCACUGUUAAUAAAAAGGCAGCUCUGCAAAUCCCACCCAGCUAAGAGGCCACAGUAUCCUUCAGUUCAAAGUCUAAAGGUGCAGGGUGGGGGAAGAGAAAUUGUUGCUUCAUGCCUAAAACUAAACAAGGAUGGUGUCAGGCGUACCUCCUUGGGGAGAGCAUUCCACUUGUGUUACCACCCUCCAAACCCCCUGUGGAGGGUGCACCAAAUUAAGGGCCUCAGAUGAUGAUCACAAGGCUCAGGGUGGUUCAUAAGGUAAGGAAAGUUUAUCCUUUCCUUCAUUCACUGGUGUAUCUGCAUAUGUGAUCAUGUUGAAGCAAUUUAGCAGUGUGAACUGCUCAGUCUGCCCGGGAACUUGGACCUGUGCAGAAGUGUGCAUACCUUUUCCUCGUGCCAUUUGUCUUAACAUUUGUCACGACGGAGCCCUGUUGGGCUUCUUCGCGUCUGCGUGUUGUUAUCUUAAGAGAUCUUUCUUUGAUUUUGACCUCCAGCUUCUUAAAAGUGAAAUAAGGCGAUUGGAAAGGAACCAAGAGCGAGAGAAAUCUGUUGCUAAUCUGGAAUAUCUGAAGAAUGUUCUGCUCCAGUUUAUAUUCCUAAAAUCGGGCAGUGAAAGAGAGAGGCUUCUGCCAGUCAUUGACACCAUGCUGCAGCUGAGUCCAGAAGAAAAAGGAAGGCUUGUUGCGAUAGCUCAAGGUACAUGAAGCUUUUAUUUUCAUUUUGCUACUGGUGUUAUCUGAGAAAGGGAAGUGGGACAGUUGCUGUUGGUGGUGAGCUUUGCAGCAAGAUAGAAAUUGAGAGAAAUCUGGCUCUCUUCCCAUCUGCAAGGGCAUGCAUAGAGUCAGAACUGCAAGGACAGAGAGUGGCUUUCUACAGUUUAAACUCCCAACAUCUAAGAAAAAAGUUACCUGUGACAAUUUUAAUGUAAACUAUAACAUGUAACUAUAAAAUCUGAGUCAUUUUUCUUCCCAGAGCAGGGGUUUUUUGGGGGGAGGGUGCAUGUUCAGCAAUGUGCUGAACGCGACUUUUGAUCUGAAAAUAAUGCUAACAUACAUACAUACUAUACAUGGCUGCGUUGGUAGAACAUGAGACUCUUAAUCUCAGGGUUGUGGGGUUGAUUCCUGCAUUCCCUUCCAACUCUACAAUUCUGUGAUUCUGCAGCUAUGAUUCUGUCAUUCCUAGAUCCUGCAAGAAAGUGUUCCAUGGCCGAUUCUUGCUUAACUUUACUUUUUGUACGGGUAGCUUCUGACUCAAGUCAGGUUCGAUAUCCAUAUUUUAAGGCACAAUUAAUAUACUGGCCAUUUGAAUCAUGCUUUUAGUUGUGCGAUUGAAAACCUGUAUUGGCUCGUAUUUAAAGGAUUUUUGUGUGUUUUUCUUAAGGUGAGGAAGAGAGCACAUCGCAACCUUCAGGCUGGGCGUCGUACUUGCACAGCUGGUCAGGACUGCGAUAAGACUGUGAUAAGACUUCUCGUUUGUUCAAACAUUCAGAGUUUGCAAUUGCACUGGGAAGAAUCUCAACACUGAAGAAUGAAGCAUAUAUAUGUGUAACCCCAGGGUAGCUUGUGUCGUUUUCUCUUUUGGCCAUUUUAAGCAGGUAACUUGAUUUUUGACUAAGGAUUGUAGAAGACAUGUGGACAACGAAUUCUGCUUUCAGGUUUGGGUCCCCUUUACUGCCUUUGGCUUCAGGUAUGCGAGGUCUUGUACAUCUGUUAAGCUCUCCAGUCUGAAAGAGCUACUCCACAUGUGUGUGUGUGUGUGUGUCUGUCUGGAGCUGCCUUCUCCCAUCACUUGGAGAAAUAUCUUAUGUACGCUGGAACUCUGGUUUGGGGUGUCCAACUCAUCAGACAUCUUCAUUUUUUAUUUAUCCAGAAAAAAAUGCACUAUACAAGUUGGUGAGUAUCAGUAAGACUCAACUUGACAGGUCUGACCAUGUGUUUUCCAGUUUUGUUGUUCAAAUCGCCACCUCCUUAUGACCAGCAGCAUCAGAAGCAUGCUUUUUCUCGUCAAAGUACUUUAAGACAUAGCUUAUGAAUUGCUUAUGUCUUUCAAAAGGAAAGAGGGGCAUACAGAAAUAAAAUAAAAAAAAAUCUGGCUGUCUGCCCUACAUUCAAUUUAUUCAAUUCUAGGAACCUUGCCAAACUCAUUUAGUGAUUUCUCAAGCUUAAUAAGGUAAUAUCUAGUGUUUGGGAUUUUGCUGUGUGUCAUAUACCCUCUUGAAUUGUGCAUUAAAGUCAUUAGCUAAUGAGCAUCAAGAACGAGAUGCUUUAGAAAGUGACAUUACAAAAACGAAACGGAAAAAAACUUCGUUAAAUUAAAAGAUUGGGAAAUGCAUUGUACUGGUUCUUAAGUAGCCACUGACGUCGAUGAUUAUGCUACUCACGAAUUUACUGAGACGGAAGAUCCUAAAAUAGGAUUGAGUUUGCUGAAGGUUGUGAAUUCUAAAUAUAAUUGUCAGUGGUCAUCGAAGAUGAGGGCUCUCUGGAAAGGGUCAGGUCUGUGUAAUUUCUAGCUAGGCUGCUCUUCCAAGGAAAGGUGCAUUUUUACCACUUAAUAAGGGGUCCAUACUUCACGUUGCCUUGUACAUCUGCUUAACACAAUUCUAGAAGCAGAACAAUUACUUUCUAAAACUAGUCUAGGCAAUUGUGAGAAUUCGGGUAACUUGUUCUCCCACAGUGUUUCUACCCUUCUUCUUUUUUUUUUUUUUGCCUUUUUUAUUAUUGGCCUUCAAAUGCUUUUGGCUAUCACUGAAAACAAGGUUUCUUACAGAACAGCCAUGCCAGUCUUUGGGGUCCAUUUCUUGGUAUGUGAGCCCUGCUUCAUUAUUCAUCUGCUCAACCGUCCACUAUAUGCUACAAGUCCAGUUAUUCCCUCUGCUACUAAUAAGUGAGAGAUGAUUUGUGACUUAACUGUGGAAGGAGGUCUGGAGAAGGUUGCUGCAUAAGUUCGUCUAAGUUCGUUUUCAACUGCUUUGAUGUGUGUGCGAGGCAUUCCAUAUUCAUUGAUUAUGUGCCAACUCAUUCAGGCACUACAAAGAAUAGAAGCGGCUGACUUCAGCUAGCUGCUUCUCUCUCAAGUGUAAUUGAAGUUAAAAGAAGACUUCCCGUUUUGUAUUCCAGUCUACACAAAGGGAAAUGUAAAGGGGCUGUGUGUGUGGACAAAAGACCCAUCCAUAUUUCAGUUUGUUGAGCCAAGAUAUGGUUGCCCAAAUGUUGUUAUGUUCUGUAAAGAUAGUAACAUGCAUUUUCAGACAUAGGAGUAAAACAGAUGAAUGCACCUGUUCUUAAAGGGUAAUAUGAGAACACAGCUACUCUGCUUAGCUGAAGAUAUUUUACCACCUACACUGACUACCAUCUGUAAUUUAGAAAGCAGUUUGACGGCCAGCUCCGUUGUUAGGUAUAUGAAACACUCGAACCGCUUCUCACCAAUAAUUACACAUAGUUUUCAUUCACUAUGGCUAAUUAGAGAUACCUUUGCACAGCUUUAGUAACAGUCUGUUUUCAGAGCACAGCCAUGCCUUAAUUUUUUACGUUUUAAAUCUGUGGACGUUAAUUUAUUUCACUGCAGCAGUGUAAGUGGUACAUCAUUUCCCCCCUAAUGUGAGCUCCUACAGCGAUAGUUAAGAGUUGGAUGUCUUGUUUUGCCGUGUACGUUCAGAUAUUUAAACUGAGCAGGAAAUUGUCUCUGCAUUUUCUGCACCGUUUUCACAUUAGCUUGACUGAAUGCUCGCUACUGAUUGCAGGUAGGAAUACAAUUUUCAAUGUUAUUAACAGCUGUGACAAAACACUUUUCCUCUUUUUUGAAGUCAUUUGAAAUUCUGUUUUUAUUGUUUCAGACUGUGAAUAAAUUAUGCAUAUAGUUCAUUAUUUUUGAAAAUUUCAAUUGUAUAUUAAUUAAAAUGCUAUACUCAUGAAUGUAACAUACUGUUUUCCUGCUCUCAAUGUAUCAAUGUAACCUUUUGCUACAAAGAAAGAUUGUGGAGGGUGAAUGCUGAUUAAAAUAAGAGUACAAAACAUGACUUUUCAGUG